AUGGGGCCGGCGCGGGCGUUGCACGCGUGGGCGUGGCUGUGGAUCCUGCUGCUGUGCGCGGCGGCGUGCGGCGGCGCCAAGGUGCGGCCAUCCGAAGCGGUGCGGCGGAGGCUGCUGGAAGACACGGCGCUGGGGAGCCCGGCGAGCGAAAUCGCGCCCAGGCUCGGCCUUCCGAGGAUCCAAGACCCACUGAGUAGCCUCGACUUCUCGGUAGCUUUGCCCAAUGAGCUGCAGAUAGCCCGAAAACUUAGGCAAGCAGCAGAGGACAAAAAUGAAAUGCUUCUGGAUGCUGCUGGUGAUGGCGAUGUGGAUGAAGUGAAACAACUACUUGAAGAUGGAGCAGAUGUAAAUACUACAGAUGCCAGUGGAAACACACCCUUGAUUCUUGGUACUGCCGACGGUUCCAUUGAAGUCGUGAGGGUGCUUCUGGAUGCUGGCGCAGACAUCAAUGCCCAAGGAGCUUUUGAAGGAACGGCACUUCGUUUCGCUGUGUCGGUUGGUGUUGCUGCCAUAGUGGAGCUUCUGGUUGUGGAGGGUGCAGACACUGAGAUCCCAGAUGUCGAUGGAGCCACACCACUGUAUGCUGCUGUAGUGCUGGACGAGCUCUCCAUGGUGAAAAUCUUGCUGGAGGCAGAUGCUGAUGCGAAUACUGUUGCAGGAGAUGGUUCCACAGCUCUCAUGCGGUCGGCGCAGCUGCAGACAGCUGAUAUCAUGAAGGAACUUCUGGAUGCAAAUGCCACAGUGGAUGCUGAGACCCCAAGUGGCAUGACAGCACUGCACUUCGCAUCUGUAUUCGGAACCGCAGAAAUCGUCAACCUACUGUUGGAUGCGGGAGCAGACAUCGAGGCAACUACCUCCAGUCGUGGCUUCACUGCUGUCCUGUAUGCCGCUGGAGUUGGAAACCUGGAGACUUUUGAUGUGCUGGUUGCAAGGGGUGCCGACCUCAAGGUGAUGGCAACAGGAGGCUUUGGUGUGCUACAUUAUGCUGCCCUUGCUGCAAAGAACACCGCAGUAAUGGAGGUGCUACUUGACAAAGGGGUGGACAUCAAUGCCACAACAGAAGAUGGGCAGACAGCCAUAGAUUUGGCUGCUUGGAUUGGAGACAAGCCCAACAUUGAGUUUCUGUUGUCCAAGGGUGCUAGUCCCUCUCUCAACGGAAUUGCUGUAUGUGGCUGCCUGGAUGUGGACGACGAUUCGAGGUGUCCACCCGAAAAUUGCCAGUCAAGGGAAGACAUAGACGAGAUCAAUGAGCUUCUGGGCGUUGAGGUCGUGAUCGAGAACCUCCUACAAGCUGUGGCUGCUGGUGACGAGGAGGCUGUCCUGAGGUUAAUCAACGAUGGUGCCAACGUGGAUGAAACAACCACUGAUGGGGACACCCCCCUCAUACUGGCAUCAGCAAGAGGCCUCGAGGAGAUCGUUACCAUACUGCUAGAUGCAGGGGCAGAUGUCAACGCGACAGACAACAUUGGCCUGACACCAUUGUUGGCUGCAUCAUUCUUCAACCACCCCUCUGUUGUCAAUGUGCUAAUUGAGGCGGAUGCCAACAUAGAGGCGGUGAUGGAAGAUUUUGGUACCUCACUGCAUGUUGCUGCCAGAAUUGGCAGCGCAGAGGUCAUCGAGCUGCUCAUCAGCGCCGGUGCAGACCCCGAUGCCAGAAAUCCCCCAUCAGAGAGCACACCCAUACUAUUUGCUGCAGGUGGCAAUCACCUGGAAGCAGUGCGGGCGCUGAUCGACGGGGGUGCCAACGCCACAAUUGCGACUGUAACUGGCCUGACAGCACUGCACAUGGCUGCCACAGAGCAGGGCUCUGAGAAGAUCAUGAACAUCCUCCUUGGCGAGGGAAUCGACGUCAACGCGAGGACCACUGAAGACACCACGCCUGUCGUUCUGGCGGCCUAUUAUGGCAACAAGGGCGCCGUCCUGUUCCUGAUCUCUAGGGGUGCGGACACGCAGAUCGGCGACGGCGGGCCCUUCGAUGUGGUCUGCGGCUGCGUGAUUCACAUCAUAGAUCCGAGGCUCCGGCAGUGCGCGGCGGGUGCGUGCCGGUCGCAGGACGACAUCGACGAGAUUGAGGCCCUGCUGGGCGGCGACGUGCCAGAGGCGGCGAUCCCGCCGCCAGGGAGCACGCCCCCGGCGCCCACCGGCAAUUCCACCGACAUGCCCACCCUGCCAAGCGACGCCGCGGACUGCUCGAGCCUGCCGGACGUCGUGGCGCAGCUGGAGUGCGUGGCGGCGCUAACGGCGCAGCCCACGUGA